UAUUUAGUCUGAUAAGUAGCGCCUCGAAAAUUAAAACGUCAUUUCUAUUUAUUUCUAUUUAUUUGUUAUUUUUCUUUAACUGUACGACUUAUUAGUUUUUUACAAAAUAUAUCGUUAUAAUUUCCCGUGCUUCUUUAUUUCCUUAGCUCAUUAUUCCUUUGUACCCAAUUUGUGCGGGUGUGGCUCGACUUGUGCUUAUACUGUACUACAUUAUUACGUUCAUUUGUGAUAUAAAAAAAAUAGUUGAAUAAGAAAUGAGUAAAAAGGAAAUAAAAUUUAUGGAAGAGAGGUGUCUUUUACUAGCUAUCGAGGAUCUAGGAAAAGGAUCAAAACUUCUUUGGAUUACUUGUAUUAUCAAUUUUUCAAUAUCAAUAUUGUAUGGACUUAAUUCUAUGUCCUAUGUCUUUAUCGCUGAGAUACCUGAGUACUGGUGCUAUACACCAGAACUUAUAGAUUGGACUACAGACCAGAUCAAUAACAUUUCCAUGGUUGAUAAAUGUCUAAAAUAUGAUCAUAAUUAUACACAUCUUGCUGAUUUGGGAUUUGAAGAAGCCACAAAAUAUGUAAAUAAUUUUGAACCAAUGCCAAGUACAGUAUCUUGCUCGAUGUUUAUGUUUGAUGACAGUGAAAGAUCGACGAUUGUUAAUGAAUGGCAAUUAGUGUGCGACAACAAAUUACAUCGAGCAAACACAUUUUUGAUGUAUUCGUUGGGAAUGAAUUGUGGUUCGUCAUUUCUAGGAGUAUAUGCAGAUAAAUAUGGCCGAAAAAAUUCAUUAAUCAUUAGUAUAAUAUUGCAAAUUAUUGCUGGACCUUUAAGUGCAUUGGUACCAUGGUUUUGGGCUUAUCUUAUUUUGAAAUUUUUGACCGGAAUAAGUACGGGUGCUAUGUAUUCUUCAGGGUAUACUAUUUUGUCGGAAAUUGCGACAAGCAACAGAAUAAAAGUGUUUGCUGGUAUUACUGAUAUUACAUUUUCAAUAGGAACUUUUCUCCUCAUAGGUAUGGCUUAUUUUUUGCAAGAUUGGAGACAGUUACAAAUAGCCAUAUCAUGUUUCAUUUUGCCGAUUAUUGUAUUGAUUUGGUUCAUACCAGAAUCACCACGAUGGUUGAUAUCACAAAACCGUCAUGAUGAAGCUCAAAAAAUAAUUUAUCAACAUCAUAAAUCGUUUGUCAUGACAUCGACUAGUACUAUUGAAAGCCCGACAAGUGAACCGCGAAUAUUAUCAGUAGAAUGUAAAGAAAAACUAGAAGAUCGUAAAGGUUUUUUUCAUCGCAACUUCGAAAGUUUAAAAAUUCUGUUCACAAAUUACGAUUUGAGGAAAAAAACUUUCAUUAUGGAUUUUUCAUAUUUCGUUACUGCGACGGGAGGUUAUAUGCUAGUCUUCAGUGUUGAUAAUUUCAAAUCGAGCCGUUAUUUAUAUAUGUCAAUACUGGCAGUUAAUGAAAUACUAGGAGUCUUAGCAAUUACAGUGAUACUUAAAUUUUUUACCAGUCGAAAAUCACUUAUCAUGAUUUACACAGUUGCAUUUAUUUUAAUGGUAACAAUUUCAGCUAUCCCUGAAGAAAAUAAAAAUAUAAUUAUGGGAUUAGCAUUAGCAGGGAAAUUUUGUUUUGCCGCAAGUUUUACUGUCAACUUGGCACUUCUUUCGGAACUGUUUCCUAGCAAUGUUAGAAAUACAGCAUUCGGAACGUGCUUAGUAACGGGACAAACUGGAUGCAUGAUUGCGCCAUAUAUUGUUGAUUUACUUGGCAAUGUUGCUUGGUGGGCUCCUACUACACUUUCUAGUGUUCUAUCUCUCAUGGCCGGACUUUUCUGUUUUGCUAUACCUCAAACAAAACUAAAUAACGGAAAAGGUACUUGUGUAGACGGAGAAGUUACUAAAUCGGGUCACAAUUCCAAAUAAGAAGUAAUCAAUGAUAAAAGUAACGCAUGUUACCAAAGAGGACUUUCUGCCCCAAUUAUGUAAAAUUAACCAUUAAGAAAUAAAUUAUGUUCCUAUUUGUUGAACGAAAAAUAAUUAAGUUUAAAAUUUUUGUGGAGUCUCGAAGAGCUCGACAAUACUUUUGUAUGCCAUUGUCUUAAAAAAAACCAUUUUUUAGCAUUUCUUUCUCCCACGAUAUCUCGCGAACGAAUUAACCGAUUUUGAUGGUUGAGGCGGCAAUCGACAUGUUUGAUCAAGUUCUAAAGCUGAUCAAAUUUUGAAAUUGAUUUUUCGAGUCGUUUUUGAGAAAUUUCAAAAAAACCAAAAAGAAAAUUUUUUUUGAAUUCUUUCGUCAACGUUUUCUCUUGAACGAAUAAACCGAUUUUGAUGGUUGACGUGGCAUUUGACGCGGCUUGUAAAGUUUUAGAGCUGAUUAGAUUUUGGAAUCAAUCCAUCGAGCAAAAUAAAAGUUAUCCAAAUAAAACAUUUUUGAAAAAAUUUUAUUUUUGAAAUAUCUCCGAACGCACUCUACCGAUUAAGCUCAAAUUUUUACAGCUUCAAGAUAUUGACAAGCCGCGUCGAAUGACACCUUAAAGUUCAAAAUCGGUUCAUCCGUUCAAAAGAUACAGGUAUUUACAUACGUACGUACAUACAUACAUACAUAUACUCGGACAUCAUCUUGAAAUUAGUCAGAAUAGCUUCCUAGGACCUAAAAACGUCGACAUCUGAUGAAAAUUCGAUUUUCGUAAAUCGGACCGAAACCAAUAACUUCCCGAAUUUUUGAAAAUUCACAAUUUCCUUAGCGGGAAGUUAAAAAUGUCUAAAAAAUGUUUAAAAGUAUUAUUGACCUUGAUUUUCAAAUUCGAAAAUAUGUAUAAUUUUUUUGAAACUGAGUGUAUUUAUUUAAUAAAAUAG